UGUUGUUUCUUUUAUAUCCGUCUUGUAACGUAUUGAACAAAAAACUGAAAAUUCUAAUGAGUCAGUACAUAAUCUUUCUUCCCGGGUUGAAUACAUGAGUUAAUUCGUGCUAUUAGCUAUGUUUUGUAUUGCGCAGGCCUGCUGCUGGACUGUAUUACGGUUUACUCUAACGUCGCCCCGGUAUUUGCCGUGCCUCUCUUAUUCAAACAUGACACGCCGAACACCGUUCAGAAUCUGUCAAAUUAAGGCACCCCUGGCUUUUCCAGACAUUCCCCUCUGCCCCUGUCCUGUCUGCGCCUCUUGGUCCCACCGCUUCGGCUGGUCUCUGCAGCAAUCUGGGAAACUGUCCAGCAGAAAGUUGUGGCCAAUUAUGGGCUGCUGGAUGACCUUGUGACAGCAGUCACCGAGAUUGUGCCAGAUCUUCUUAGUCACAGACAAAGGUGUUUGCUGAGCCUUGGCCUUCGGGCUCAGCUGUCACUGGAGUUGUGUCGCCCAGAGCAGAUGAUAGACCUUGAGACCAUUCAGCCACACUUGGAUAUUAUCACUUCACUAUGGAACACAGAGAUGAAUGAUUCAGGGGAUGGACUGUCUGCAUCAAACCUCCUUGGUCUUAUUCACACCCUAAUUAAAGACCAGGAGGAGAGGCAGCACUUCUUCCAGGAUGUUUUCCCAGUGAGAUUUGGAGACAAGUACUCCGAAGAUAUACAGAUGCUUGUGGAAAUAUUCCUCUUGCAGCUUGAAAAGUUACUUACUGUACCAAAUCUUAAACAGGUUGCCUGUAUGCUCAGCGAUGUGCCUUCACUUCUUUCCGAAUGUGUGAAGUCUUUCUGUCAGUCUCAGGAACUUAAAUCUCUUCUGGAAUAUCAGAAAGAUCUCAGUCAACUAAAUGAAAGUGAUAAUCCAACAGUUGGUGCCAGCAUUUGUUCAGCUCUCUGUCUGCCACCUUUGACAAAAGCCUUGACAGAACAAGAAAAAACACCACUAGAAGCAAAUGUGUUAACCGAUUACAUGGACGCAUUCAACAAAGAACUGUCAGUGGAGACUGCUACACUGAGAAAAAGCGCAGAUGAUGUAAAGACAGAAAGCGAAGAACCAAAAAGGAGAGAGACAGAAACCAGAGGUUUGAAGAAUCGGUCCUUCGUUAACAGUGAAGAAGGAGUAGAGGAUGAGAGCUCAUACGCUGUUCAACAUGUUGAGUCUUUGGCGGUGGAUAAAAUAAAUGUAGACUCUUGUGCUGUUGAGGUCCAAGUAGGUUAUAAUGUUGAAAUUCUUGCUGAGGAGACUGUUACCACUGAGAAUAAUCCUUCUGUUGAAGACUCCAUGAUGGAUAUUAGAGAGGACAAGCAAGUUCAGGCGUUAGUCAGAACCACAGUCGACAGUCAUUACAAAGUCAUGAGCUCUUGUGAGACCAAAAACUGCAAGAAAGAAGAAAGCAAGGAGGUCUGUACCAGCAAAAUGAUUGAAGAAGUAAAAAACAUCAAUGUAUCUAAUGUAGUGCUGUCACCUGUACUGUAUGCACCUGUUGUGAUCACAUCCCAAAGACCAGUCAGACAAUACCAAGGUCUAAAGAAGAAAAAUGUUUCAAUUACACCCAAAAAUCAGCAAUCAAAGGGGGAUUCUCGAGUUCCAUCAACCAGCAAGACUUGUCCCACGUGCGGAAAGACAUACAGUCGUGCAUCAGAUAUGAGACGGCAUCAGAGGACCCACACAGGAGAGCGACCAUUCCAUUGUUCGAGGUGUAUGAAACGCUUUCAGUUCCAGUAUGACCUGAAAAGACAUGAGUUAAAUGUGUGUCAAAUGACUGUGCAACAGCCUCACAACUGGCUCUCUGAGGUACUUGAAGACAAAAACACUCAAGACCCAAAGCAGGGGGGAGUUUGUGGCCAACUCCGAACUCUACCUUCAGACGUUAGGACUCAUGAAAAGGAAUUUCUGGUAAAUCAGAAACAAGUGGAGGCUCCUUCUGGAGAGGUAGUACCUCUUCCCACUGAGCAAGAUCUCCAGCCAGCCAGCAGCAAAGUCCAGUUAGGAGACAUAAAGGAGCAGAGCCAGGAACCUCAUCAGGGUAAUCAGAGGGGCAAGAAGGGCUUUAAGCCGAAAAAAACACAUAAACACAAACCCACCAAUACUUCACUGUAUUGUGUGGAAUGUAACAGGUCAUUCCCAGACACGGCAAGACUCAAGACACAUAAUCUGAGACACAAGCCUCGCCCGUGCACUAAGUGUGGUGAGAGUUUUAAAGGUUUCAUAGACCUCAACCAGCACUAUGUUGAAGUGCAUGAUUUCAGAGGUCCUUUUCCCUGCACUUUGUGUGAACGAACUUACACAGAUCUAAGAGGUCUGAUCAGGCACGAAAGGUUCCACACAGGCGAUCUCCCUUUCAAAUGCCCAAAGUGUCCGAAAGCAUUCAGUUAUGCAUCUGCUCUGACGCUACACGACCGAACUCACACAAAAGAGGCUCCAUUCCUCUGCUGGGAUUGUGGCAAAGGCUGCAAGUCCAACGCCGCCCUGAGAAUCCACAGGCUGUGUUGUCACAGCAGUGCCAAGGAGAAGCGCUUCUGCUGCGAGCACUGCGGAAAAGCUUACGCACUUAAAAGAAGCCUGGACCUCCACGUAGCAAAAAUACACACCGGUGUGCGCUACCCAUGCUCCCACUGUGGCAAACUGUUCCGAAGUGCGAGCUCUUUGACGAGACACGAUUUGACCCACACAGAGGAAAGGCCGUACUCAUGCAACGAGUGUGGCAAGAGUUUCAGAUCGGCAUCGGAGCUGAAGAUACACACUCGCUAUCACACCGGGGAGAGGCCAUUCAUAUGCCAAGAAUGUGGCAAAGGGUUUGUGCAGUCUUAUUACCUUACUGCACACAUGAGGAUGCAUACGGGGGAAAAGCCGUAUAAAUGUCCGACAUGUGACAAAUGUUUUAAAAGUGCAGGUAUUUUGAAGAGACACCAAAUGACCCAUACAGGAGAGAAACCCCAUAAAUGUUCAGCCUGUGAAAUGGCGUUCAGUCGGCCGGAGCUCGUAAAAGCUCACUCAAGGAAAUUUCAUUAAAUUUAUGCAAUGUAUUACUUAAAAUUUGUGUAAGUAGGCUCUAAUUUGCCUUUGAAUUUAUGGUCUUGUCAAUAUUGUUUGUGUUUGUCUGCGCAUUUGUAUCAUUGUUAAUGCAGAUGUUCAAUAUCUGUGUUGGGCAGUAACCUAUUACUUAACAUGUUACAGAAAUGUGAAUACUUUUUUAAGUAAUGUGUAGUGUAACAGACUAUAAUUUGAAAAUCAGCAAUUACAGUACAUUAACUAAUCCCAGUAAUGCUCUGCUUUGACAAUUUGGGGGUUGGCUUGUUUGCUUAACAGGAGUUGGAUGGACACACCUGGUUUUGUUGUUUCAAGGCACCUCAGAUGCCGUUGUGCUGAAUAAAGUACGUAGAGUAACGA